GGACUCUUCUGACCCUGAGAGUCCUUCCUGGGCGGGGAGGCCCCAGACUGGGUGGAGCAGCCACACCUGCCUGAAGUUUCGAGGAAGAGGGGCGGAAACUGCCCCGGCGCCGCCCUCUUGUAGGCUCUGUGGGCUCCCGCGGUCUGCUGAUCACAGUGGGUCCCACAACUUCCUCACUUCCCUAAAUGGGCAACUUCACAUUUAGAACCCCAGGUCUUCCCUGGCAGACCCAAAUGGCCCGGCCAGGAUAGGCCUGGGCCCCUAACCUUGGAUCCCUGCCCCCCACUGGCUGUGCCCAUCCCCACUGCAUGGAGCCAUGCCUCCCGCCUUCCUGCUGCUGCUGCUGCUGUGGGUCCAGGGCCCUGUCUCAGAAGACUCUGAGGGAGAUAGAGGAGUAACUGCUGAGCGGAAGGUGCCCCCAUGGAGCGCGUGUACUCAAAAUUGCAGCACUUUGAAGGGGAGACUCUGUCUGUGCAGUGCUCCUACAAGAGCCGCAAAAACCACGUGGAGGGUAAGGUUUGGUGCAAAAUCAGGAGGAGGCAGUGCGAGCCUGGGUUCACCCGUGUGGGGGUGCAGGGGCCACGCUACUUGCUGCAGGACGAUACCCAGGCCAAGGUGGUCAACGUCACCAUGGUGGCCCUCAGGCGCCAGGACUCGGGCCGGUACUGGUGCAUGCGCAACAGCUCCGGCAUCCUCUACCCUCUGAUGGGCUUCCUGCUGGAAGUGUCUCCAGCCUCCAUAACCAAGGGAGACACUCCUCUCACAAAGCUGCCCAACAUCCUCCAGAGUGCAACGGUCAUCGCCACAGGCCCAGCGCCCACCUCAGGCCCCGGUGGCCCUUUCAUCAGCCAGGCGACAGUGUUCACAGCUGGACUCCUCACCUUGGCCAGACCAUUGCCUUCCCCCACCUCAGGGAACACCAGACAGACCUCUGUGGUGGGCUCCAGUUUCUCCAGCACCGGCCUGUCCACCAUGGGGCCUGGGAAGGCCACCGGGUCCCAGACAGCGACUGCGUCUCCCAGCAACACCCGAGCCUCCGCUGCGGGCCCAGCCUCCGCCUCCACGAAGGCCGCGCGCCUCUGCACGGCGGGAGCCCCCACCAUGGGAAUGUACCCCACCAGAAGAACGCUCCUCGACCACUUAAUCCCCAGCAGAUACCUGGACUUUUACCCUGUGGUGCUCGUGGGGGUGCUGGCGCUGCUCCCCAUGCUCGUGAUCGUGGUCUAUGGCUUCUGGAAGAAGAGACAUGUGGGAAGCUACAGCAUGUGCCGUGACCCUGCCAGAUCCUGCAAGGACUUGCCAGCAAGACCGGAACCUCCGUGGAGGCCCGCUUGGUCUGAAGCCACUUCACCGUGGAGUGGGGAGGAGUUUCUUCCAGAGGGGCCCCGGGAGACUCCCAGGAGAGUCCUCAGAGGAGAAGCGAAGACGGGGCCCUGUCUGGGUUGGAGCCGGGCUGGGGGUGAGGACUGUGCCACCUGGACUCAGGCCUUCCUGGAACUGGAGGCUGUGCCGCGCCUACUCGGCUCCCCUGGGCUGCUGGGAUCCUGGCGGGGGUGGGAGUCUGAGCACGUGGUGCCAGGCAGGAGGUCUCUGCGGGUAUGGGGCACCACCGAGACGGUUCUCCUGAGAGCCACAGACCCCCGGGGCCCCAGCUGGAUGGCAGACAAGCCCCGAGGGUGCUGUUUGCAGACAGAGAACCUCUGAUCUCAUCAGCCUCGGAACCUCUUACUACAGAGCAGAGUGGGGAGGGGUGGACAGCUGGGGCCACCCUCUCCCGACCCGGGGCCCUCUCAGUGUCCCUCUGCUCCCCACAAGCGUCCCUAUGCUCUUGGGGGAAGAAAGAGUCCCAGAAGCAGCUCAUGUCACAAGGGUCCCACCCUGGAGGAGAAACAGUGACUAAGAGGUGGGGGUCAGUAGAAGCCUUGGGGACCGCAGAGCUAUCUAAGCUUCCCACCCCCUGGGCCGCGCAUCCUCUACAGGGCCUCCGCGUGUGCCCUGAGCUGACCACAGCUGCUUGUCCCUCAGGUCCCGGGCACCAGCGGAGCCCACACCCCCACUGCGGCCUGCUGGCCGGGCCCUCCUGGGAUGGCUGUGACCAGGCAGCUGACAGCCCUCGCCUGCAGGGCCAGCCUGUCCCUAGACCUGUAUGCAGAGGCUGCCCAAGGCUCUUCCCCCCAGUUCCCACACCCCAGCUCUGGGUCUGUACUCCUGGAGGGGAUGGGGGGGAGUCCUGGGGUCCACUGGAAGGGAAGUCAUAGCUCAGAGAAAGUGGGGAAAAGAGGAUGCAAUGGUAACACAGCAAAGACAACUCAGAGCUGCCCACAGCCUGGAGGAACUCCCCGGGGCGGGGAGGGGGGAUGGAGCCAAGGAGCCUGGGUCAGGGCGCAAUGGCCAGAGGGGUCUCUCCUGCCCUGCCCCCGCCACUGCUCUCCAGCUCUCGGCUCAGAUUUGGCCUCUUUGGCAGCAAAGGCUGAAGAAUAGGGGCUGGAAUCCUCCCCUGGGGAGGGGUGUCCACCAGUCUGGGGCCACUGCAAUGAGAGUCUGGGGAUAGAUGUGGCCUCUCUGCUCUCAGCCCUGGGUCACUGCCCUCAUCGGUAGGACAGCAAACAUCAAAGUCAGGGGAGUGACGCAGAGGGGCCUCGGUGGGCAGCCAGCCCAGGAUCGCCACUCCAGGGUGGAGACGGGGAGAGAGGAAGGGGCAGGGCACAAUCCCGGGGGGACAGCAGGGAGGCAGCCUCUCUCCCCUGUGUCCAGGAGAAGACACUAGAGAGGAGACUCAGACUGAGGAACUGACAGGCCAGGUGCCAGGACACACACGCACGCACUGAUAACCAGCCUCCUUACCAGGAGGGUGUGGCCAACACCCGGUGUAUAACCAAGAGGGGGUUAAUUUUCCGCCUGAAAAGCACACACCUCUUGCCCUGCCCCGGCUGAGAGCGGGAUGUCCAGGAGAGUACUUCAGGGGCUUGGGACAUGGACCCAGGGGUGCCACCUGUCACGUGGGGCCCUGUGCGGGUCACUAACCCUAUGGGGCCUCGCGUUUCCUCUCUUGUGAAAGGGGACAUUAAUUCCUAGCUCUCAAAACUGUAUUCAGGAUAAAACGGAAUAACACACGAACCUUA